AUGCUGUGGCGCUUCCAACAAAUAGCAGUCGCACCUGCAAACAGCCAAAAUGCCCGCGAACCCGCCCCCCUCGGGUGGGGGGGGGGGGGGGGGGGGGGGGGGGGGGGGGGGCGCCGCGCGCCGGGGGGGGGGCCGGGGGGGGGGGGGGGACCCCCCCGGGGGGGCUGGCCGGGCGCCGAUAUCGGGGGCCAGCGGCCCCCACCUCGGGGGGGCGGGGAACCGGGGGCCCCGCUAGCUGCGGCGGCCAGCGCCGGUUGGGGCCCGGGGGUGGUGGGGGGGGAGGGGGUCGUUCCGGCCGGGAGCGGGGGGGGGGGCGCCGGGCCAGGUUUUGACGGCCUGGGGGGUCGCUGGGGGUGGGGGUGGUGCGCUGGUGCCCGGCCGGCAGGCCAUCGGAGGGAGUCGCACCACACAGGAGACGCCCGCCCUCGCCCGCGCGGGGGGAGGAAUGGGUGGGGGGUGGGGGGGGGGGGGGGGGGGGGGGGGGGGGGGGGGGGGGUGGGGGGGGGGGGGGGCGGGGCCCCCGAUCCCCGGCGCCACCAGUGUGCGGCCGGGGGGGGGGGGGGGGGGUGGGGCGACCUCGGGAGGGGCCGGGGAGGCUGCCCGGUGGGGCGCCACCAACCGGGUGCGCGAUCGGGGGGGGGGGGGGGGGGGGGGGGGGGGGGGGGGGGGGGGGGGGGGAGGCAGCCCACCGGGCCGGCCGGGGGGGGGGGGGGGGGGGGGGGGGGGGGGGGGCAGGGGGCCGAGCGACCCGGGGGGGGGGGGGGGGGGGGGGGGGGGGGAGCCCCAGGUCGCGGGGGGGGGGGGGCGGGAGGAGCAAGCCGUGGGGGGGGCCAAGCCGGGCGCCCGGGGGGGGGGGGGGGGGGGGGGGGGGGGGGGGGCGCGGCCCCAGCGCACGAGGCCCCUACCACGGGGGGGGGGGCCACCCCGCCAGAGGCCAGGGGGGGGGGGGGGGGGGGGGGGUGUGUGGGGGGGGUUGGUAUUUUCGCAGCGGCGCCGGCCCCCCCGGCGGGGGGUGCCCGCCGGGGGGGGGGGGGGGGGGGAGGGCCCCGGCGGGGGGGGGGGGGGGGGGGGGGGGGGGGGGGGGGGGGGGGUGUGGGUUUUUUUUUUUAA